GAAAGGGUAGAAUAUAACGUACAAUUAUAAAAUAUGUUACUAAAUGUUCGAACUAAGAAUAUAAGGAAGGUAAUCCAGUUUUGCUGGUAGACAAGAAUCUAAGUGCCAAAUAGUACAACCUAAUUGUUCAUAAAAUGGCGAACAUUUCAAGUGUAUCUCAAGAUUCAACUGCAUCACCAAUAUCAGAGGAGAAGGAGCUUACACAGACUGUUUCUAAUAAGCAAGUUGACGUUGAUUUGGAUGAUGAAAUAUCGGCCCGUAUGACUGCAUCUUAUAGUGAAAUAUCUUUCCAUUCUGAUCAUGGUCAAAUAUAUGAAGAACAGCCAAAAGCUCCUGGGCCCUCCAGGCCCUAUAACUUGCCAUCAGAGAAUCGGAAACAAGAAAAGUUUCCAUUGGAUAUUGAUGGCCAUGUUAGAUAUGAAGGGGACAUGACACACUAUGUUGCUGAUGAUCUUGAAUUUAAAAUUAAGUUAUCUAGCCCCAUUACAAAAAGAGGUGAAACCCCAGUAUUUGGAAGUUCCAGUGCAUCUCGAUCUAGUACCCCAUCGGGUAAGCUCUACAGACAGAUAUUAGCACCGCAGAUUGGUCAAAUUGAUAUAACUGUAUUGAAUGAUCUAGAGUAUGAAGCACAAAAAAUUGCUCAAUCUGUUGAUAAUUUAAUUGAAAACUUAUCAAGUAUUUUACAUUCAAAUUCUUCAUUGACAGCAGAAAACAUGGAAGUUUAUAAAGAAGCUGUUGGAAAAACUUGUGAUGCAAUGGAUAACAAUAUAAAGAGUAUGUAUACAAUAUUAGCUAAGGGUGAAGAGGUCUCACAGGCAAUGAUACCAGUUCAAGCACAAGCUGCUAGAAUAGCAGAAAUAAAGCGACUUCUACAGUUAUUUGAAAAUAACUUUUAG